AUGCCUCUUGCACUCUGGGCCCAGACCCACUGCUUCACCUCCACCAGGGGAUCACACAGUCUUCAUUACAACCUCACGGUGCUGUCCCGGGAUGGAUCCGUGCAGUCCAGCUUUUUCACUGGGGGACACUUGGAUGGCCAGGCCUUCCUGCACUAUGACCGUGAGUCAGGCAGGGUAGAACCCCGGGGACUGUGGGCAGAAGAGCUGGGAGCUGAGACGUGGGACACAGAGUCCAAGGACUUGACAGAGACCUGGAAGGACCCCAGAGAGCUUCUAGCAGAAAUCCUGGCCCUUCAGGAGGGGAAAGGAGGUGUGAAUUCCCUCCAGGAGAUGGGCUGUGAAAUCCGAGAAGACAACCACGCCUGGGGCUUCAGGUUUCUCUACUAUGAUGGGGAGCUCCUCUCCUGUCACCCAGAAACCCACAGAUGUACAGUGCCCCAGUCCUUGGCUCGGAACUUGGCCAUUGAAAUGGAGAAGUCCUGGGACACAGACGGCUUUCAAAGCAAGUAUUACCAGGCCCACGUGCAGGGAGAGCUUUGUGGAAGACUGCGAGGUUAUUUGGAAUCCUGAACAGGCUUCAGGGAGCGAACAGGGCCCCCAGCCAUGAACGAGGCCCCCAGCCAGGACUCAGAGGGCAUAGUCAACCUCACAUGCUGGGCUUUUGGCUUCUUUCCCCGGAAUAUCUCAGUGACCUGGUUUUGGGAUGAGGAGCACAUGAGCCAGGAGACCCAGCGGUCUGGGGGUGUCCUGCCUGAUGGGAACAGGACCUACUGGACCUGGGUAACCAUAAGAGUUUCCCAAGGAGAGGAGCAGCGUGUCAAGUGCCACGUGGAACACAGCGGGAAUCACAGUGCACACAGCCCUUUCUCAGGAAAGACCCUGGUGCAUCAGAGUCAGUGGCGGACCAUCCUGGGUGUUGCUGCCUUUGCUCUUGUUUUUAUCAUCAGGCUUUGUGUCCUUUGCUGCACGAAGAAGAAGAAGACAGCAUCAGCUGUGGGGAGCCCAGACCUCAUCUAG